GCUGCGGCGGCCGGGGAGGGGGCGCGCGGCCCGAGCCCCGCCGCCGUGUCGCUCGGCCUGGGCGUGGCUGUGGUGUCGAGCCUGGUGAACGGGUCCACGUUCGUGCUGCAGAAGAAGGGCAUUGUGCGCGCUAAAAGGCGAGGUACUUCCUACUUAACAGACAUUGUGUGGUGGGCUGGCACGAUUGCAAUGGCUGUUGGCCAGAUUGGGAACUUCCUAGCUUACACUGCGGUCCCUACAGUCCUGGUGACUCCCUUGGGUGCCCUUGGAGUACCAUUUGGGUCCAUUUUAGCUUCUUAUCUUCUGAAGGAAAAACUCAACAUCUUGGGCAAAUUGGGGUGUCUGCUGAGCUGUGCGGGUUCUGUCGUGCUGAUUAUCCAUUCCCCGAAGUCUGAAAGUGUGACAACUCAGGCCGAGUUGGAGGAGAAGCUGACCAAUCCAGUGUUUGUGGGUUACCUGUGCAUUGUGCUGCUCAUGCUGCUGCUGCUGAUCUUCUGGAUCGCGCCUGCCCACGGGCCCACCAACAUCAUGGUGUACAUCAGCAUCUGCUCCCUGCUGGGGAGCUUCACUGUGCCUUCCACCAAGGGCAUUGGGCUGGCGGCUCAAGACAUCUUGCACAACAACCCAUCCAGUCAGAGGGCCCUCUGCCUGUGCCUUGUGCUCCUAGCUGUCCUGGGCUGCAGCAUCAUCGUCCAGUUCAGGUACAUCAACAAGGCCCUGGAGUGCUUCGACUCCUCUGUGUUCGGGGCCAUCUACUACGUCGUGUUUACCACGCUGGUCCUGCUGGCUUCAGCCAUCCUCUUCCGGGAGUGGAGCAAUGUGGGCCUGGUGGACUUCUUGGGCAUGGCCUGUGGAUUUACAACUGUCUCCGUUGGAAUUGUCCUUAUACAAGUGUUCAAAGAAUUCAAUUUCAACCUUGGGGAGAUGAACAAAUCCAAUAUGAAAACAGACUAAGAUGCAGCCCCGGGUUGGGGGUGUGAAGAACAGGCGUCGGAGGGGGUCUGUGGUUUUGACUAGAUGUCCAGAAGAAAGGAUUCUUAGAGUGAGUUGCCUGUGCACUAAUGGUCUAGUGAACGAACACUAGGGAGCCUUGCUUCGCACCAAGGUGGGGUCCAGACCUCUCCCGCACCAAGCUCCCAAUGGUUGUCUGGGCGUAAACUCCCUCUGAUGAGGCAAAUUCUGUUUUCAUUUCCAUUAACCUAGAAGCUUUCCUAAUUACUUGUUUAAAAACAUUUUAACAUAAUUUAACCAGAUAAUAAGGGUGAGGUCUUUCUAGUUAGUCCUCGUAGGGGAGCAGACAUUCUUACCUAAAACCUUGGGAAAGGAAGAGACUUGUGAAACCUGGCCGUCCACAGUCAGCGUGACUGACUUUGUCUUUGUGUUAAGCAUGUAUAGCAUUCAGGUAGUUUACUCAAAUUAAGAGGUGUAUGAAUUGAGUUGUUUCCAGUCCUUUAACAACCUGACUCUCCGACGUGAUCCCCGAGACAGUAGUGAGGCAGAGAGAGAGGAUUUCAUGAGGGGAUGCAGGGUUCCGUGGACAGGGUGACUUUCCAAUUACUCAAAUCGAUAUUAGUGCCUUUAUCAUUUGAAUGACUUAAUUUAACUUUUGCUGUGUAUAUGUUACGUGUUCUAAUCAUAGAUAAUGUAAAGCAGUUAGAAAAAGCAUUAUCUUCAGUGAGAGAUAAUGAAAACUAUGGACACAGAAAAAGAUUGCAAAGUGACCCAUUUCUCUAUCAUUGUCCAAUUAAGGACAACGGAUGAAGUUCAGAGAGAUUUUUUUAUUUACAUUUAACCUAUGUUCCUUGGAUCCAUUAUGAAAAACUACCUGCUUUCUGUUUCAGGAGCGUUGUGGCCAUUCAGAAGAAAUAAACUAUUAAACUUGACAGUCAGGUGGUUAAAUUAGAGAGUGUCUGUCAAGUACAUCCCACAGGAGUUUAGUAAAAGUACCUCCAGACAGGAACAGGUACCAGGACUGCUUCUACAAAGGAUAAUGCGUACACCCUUUCGAAUGGGCUUUCUAGCAAAGGUGAGAACAAUUUCGCCUUCUUGUUGUUUGACAUGGUAGAACCUCUUCAAGUUCUUACCAGACAUCUUAUUAAACAUUCUGACUGUAUGCAAGACCCUGGGUUUGAUACCCUGCAUCAGAAACAAGCAACAAAACAACACAACCUUCUUACAUGGAAAAUAACUGUUAAUCAUGCAGUGGUUUAGAUUAGAAAUCAUUCUUCCAUCCAUAGUAGCCUUCCCUGUGCAUUACAUUGGAGCAAGGUACAAAGAGAUACAAUAUAGCAUUAUAUUAUGAUGUUAUAUAUUCCACAUGCUUUGUUUUAUAUGAAUGGAAUGUGCCAAGUUUAAAAAUGGGGAUGGAUAAAGUAAAUUAGCUGAGGUAGAACAUGAAUUUUAAUAAUACCCAACUGAACUUCUCACUAAGACAAAAAUGUGCUUUUCCAUAUCAAAAGGGCAUUUCUAAAGUAAAGACCCGGAGAUUAGUUCACUAAACUAUAGAAGAAAAAGAGUAAAUAAAAUACCAGUUUAACAUAAAGGAAUCUGGUUGUCUGGCUCAUUUGUCAGAUUCAAUGAAUUGAAAGUAUGAAUGAUGACCUGGGUAUAUUAGUCAUUGAUUGUGAAGAACAGCAGCAAAAUGAUUUAAACAGUUGACAACCUUGUGUGAAGAAGUAGUUAGUAAAUGUUCAAGUUCAUUCUUCUUUUGUAAAAGCUCUUGAAUUUUUUAAAUCAUCAGUAUUAAGAAAUAUAAACCUUAAUUUAUUGAAUUGGAAAGUGUUAUAUAGCAGGAUCGAUAUAAUUUUAAUAUUAAGGUAAUAAUAUAGCUAUACUAGUAUAAGGAAGACACUUAUAAUAUGGAAAUUACCUUGUUUGUUUUGCUGCUUCCUGAGGAGCUUAGUUUAAAUGCAUCUGUUGAUGUACCUGAGAUUUUUAAUCCGCGAUUAUACGCCAUGAAUAUCCAAAGGUAUUUUGUGUGCCAAUCAAAAUUUCAUAGUACUAAUCGUUCUCCUAAGUUCAGGAACAGGGAAAUCACCCAGGUUUCCAUCUAGUCAGCAGAUUGCUUCAGCAGGAUUCCUGCCUUUGUUCUAGAGGAACUCAUCGCUUUUCAGGUCUGAGAAUAAUGUCCUAGUAACUGUCAAGAAUCGGGUCCAAUUUUUAGAUUUAACAUAGUGCACAUAUAUGUAUACUUACUAUUUUAUAAAUUCAGUUUUCACAAUUCACUUGGAAAUGCAAAAGAAAGUAAGAAUUCCCAAGUGAGACCUUUGGAGGAAAGUCUAGAAUGUUUUUGUUUUUGUUUUUGUUUUUCGAGUCAGUGUUUCUCUGUGGUUUUUGGAGCCUGUCCUGGAACUACCUCUUGUAGACCAGGCUGAUCUCGAACUCACAGAGAUCCGCCUGCCUCUGCCUCCCGAGUGCUGGGAUUAAAGGCGUGCGCCACCACCGCCCGGCCAGGAAAGUCUAGAAUGUAAAGGAACCUCUUAUUGGUUUCUCCAGUAGGAAACACUUUAAUUUGUGGGGUUUUAUUUCUGAUAAAACUUAAGAAAACAUGCCAACUGUGUACUUUUUUCAAGUCUUUAAAAUCAUCAAAGUAAGAACUGUUGGUAGCGAUUUAGAGAAUUCCUCUUGGAAGACAUUGUGGCCAUUUCUCUCCUUUUCUACUUGGGCAAUGCCUUUGUUCAUAAAUGUCUUUAAGUAUUGAUCAAGUGUAGGAUCAGGGAGGUAUUCCUGCUGGAACCCAGAUGCAGGACGCCAUCUGGAGCAUCCUUCCGGUCUGCACAAAGGCUAUGUCUGUGGAGGUUCUUGAGGAGGAAGGCAUAACUGCCCACACGGGGACCUCUGGAGAAGAACUGUUUUCCAGUGUCCUAGCUAUCACUAAGACUAUCGUUACAAUUGUUGCUGUUAGAAUCUCAGUAAAAUCUAUUUGGCUGCUGUGUGUUCAACAGUAAGGUACUGUUUACGCCAUUUUGCUCUGCUUUAUUUUAUUAUUUCCGGCUCAUCACAGAAAUAAUAUAUUGAUGUUUUCCUUCAUUAAGUUUCAUGUCUGUUUUCUUAUUUCUUUUUGCGGUAUUAGGAAGUUGGAUCCUGGGCAUUGUGUGUGCUAAGCAAGAGUUUGACCUUGGAGCUACACUCUAACCUGCUCAGGUCUACUUUAGAUAGACCUGUAAUCAAACGUGCAGAGACAGAGCCUCUUCCUUUGUCCCCACAGCUCAGCUGCUGGUAAAUGCUGUGCUGGACUUUUCGAAACUGGUCUCCAGGAGUCUGUCAAGUACUCGGAUGCAGGGCUUUUUAGAUGUGGAAAAACAGAUGGUCUGUGGAAACAAGUAUGGAUGAGCAUAGGCUACUGCCCUGCUGUACGGUUUGCUUUCUCUUUGCCCCUUAAAAGGGGUCAUUUCGUGUAUCCCAGGCUGGGCUUGAACUCCCAAUCGUAUUUCCUCAACCUCAGUGCUGGGAUUACAGGCAUAUGUCAUUACACUGGGCCUCCUGAGUAUUAUAAUUUUUGUUGGCAGUGAUGCUUUUACUCUACACUGAUCAAGCAGAGCGGAGUUCCUCUCUCACGCCGACUUGGUCUUGGUCAGUAUUCUCGUGACCUUUAGAAAGACCUCAUGACUGUAUGAAUGAAGUCUAAGGAAGUAUUCUCAGUGUGUCUGACACCAAGGAGCUUGUUCAUCUGUUAAACAGGAUGGAGGAGAAUCUUGGUGUUAAGCAUUCUCAGGGACCAAAGCUGUAUUAUUAAUUCCUUAGUAUAGACUUUCUAAGGACAUAGCCACGUUUUUUCCUUGGUUUUACUUACUCAUGGCUAGAUUCUGUUGAGUUGAUAAAAACCACUUGGCACACCAAUCCCAUUACAAGCCAGUUUACCACACGGCAGGCCUAAACUUUUUGUAUUUCUCCUUGACACAUGACAGUUGUUACUGGUGAAUUUUAAGAAUCUGUUAUUUAGCGCUUAAGUGAUUUUUCACAUCUGGCAAGAUUCAUAUCAUAUAUUAUUAAGAAUUAUAGGGAUGGUAAUGAGCAUUUGGUCCAAUAUUACUACUCAUUUUUGUCAAACACAUUUUUCUUAUGUUAUCAAAUGCAACAGAAGAAUAUUUUUUAAAAGUAAUAGCUGUUGCAUCAAAAGAUGUCUACUUAAAAAAUUGAUAAUUCUGUAGAAAAAAGACGACCAUGUAAAUAAACAUCUAAUUCAAAUGUACCCAAAGUAAUUUAAAAGUAUAGUCAUAGGCCAUGGAUUCAGGGAGGAUUUAUUUAUUCAUUUUUAAAGAUUUAUUCUUAUUUCAUGGUUGUGUGGGCAUUUUCCUAUAUGUAUGUGCAACAUCUGCAUGCAGUACUGGCUGAGGCCAGAAGAGGGAGCUAAUACUGCUUGUUCAUCACCACAGUGGCUCUAGGAACCCGACCUAAGUCCUCUGCAAAAACAGCAAAUGGUCUUAAGCACUAAGCCAUCUCUCUAGAUCCAGAGGACUUAUUUUUUUCUUUUCCCAAUAUUCUCCCUAUUUGUGAAAAUAUGUGUGAGUUUUUUUAACCUUCCUGUGCCUCAGUUUUUCUACCUCGAAUGUUGAGGGCAGGUUCUUCAGGUUGAUGGAUUUUGAGCUGAGAGUGUGUUCUGUCGUAUCUGGAAAUGGUAGGUAGAAGCAUGAUGCUGAGAACUGCUCUGGAACAUGUGUGAUGAAACUCAGCUUGCGGACUUUGGAGCCUGCUGGCGAAGCCAGAAGCACGUAGAGCCUUGAGCGCCAAACUGCUAAAGGGAACACUGGGUAUUAAGUUUGCGUGAUUCGGUAAGACUUCUUGUUGUACAGUGAGGAAAUAAAACAUGGACUUCAAAAAAAAAAACCAUUGGAAGAUCAAAUUAUGACAGCGUGAUGGUUCUUUUAUGUUCUAACUUUGGUUUCUGUGCUGCAUGUGUGCCCCAUCGAUUCUGUUGCCUUGAGUUUGACAUGAGAAACAUUGACCUUCCUGCUUCUACACACCUUAGCCCUGAUGCCGAAUUGUCUGAUGCCAGGAAAAUGCCAGGAGCUCCCCAAACACUAAUGCCAAAGAGUCUCCUUGAAGAAUUCAGAUUUCCUUUGUUAGAAGACCUUUUUCGCUCCAACGGUGUUUGUGCACCUCACAAAAAUUUGAAGCUGUGGCUCUUUAGUUAUGUUCCUUGUUUCCUUUUUAAGAGGAUAAUUUUUAUUUCAUCAUGAAAUUAAUAUAAUGAGAGAAAGAAACGGAGAUCAAAAAGAACAUCAAAUGUUGGUUGCAUAAAAGGUUUUUUUUUCCCCCCACAUAAACGUAGUAGGGGAAAAUGCUUCCAGUUAGUUCACGUAUAUAAUAAUCAGUGUCUAAGACUUGCGUAUAUUUUGCUUCAUAGAAGUAGUCAUAGCAUGUUAUAAUUGCCUUAUGUAAUAAAAAGGCUAUUAAGUUUUCCAAUAAUAUUUAUUAUCCUGUAUAUGUUUUAAAAUAAAGUGACAUUUCUAGCUGAGUA